CCUGUAUGAUAUAUGAUACAACAACUCAGCCGAAACCCAUUUGGAUGCCGCUUUGUACCUCGGUUAAGUUUUAAAUUUUUCAUUUAUGACUAAUUUUGGUUGACUUAUGAAUAAAAUUGAGCUUUUUUUGCAACCACAGACACACUCAAUAGUUGUUUCCAAAAGUAUAAAAGAUGAAGACAAUUCAUUUAACCGAAACCAUCAUUCAGAGAAAGAAUAUUCACAACUGACACAAUGCUCAUGAUUCUUUCACUCGCUUUCAUUUUGACCACCAUCUUGGGGAAAAAUGUUGAAUCAGGAAUUGUAUUUAAAAACCUUCAAAUUACUUCCACGGUUUCUACCAAUCACCCACAAGAUAUUCGGACUGCUAACCUCUUCUGGAAGCUUGACCUGUUACAAGUCGAUGCUAAUGAUGUUUUUCGCCUUAAUAUGCCCUGUGUUUUCAGGACCAAAUUCCCUGGAAGUAUACUCCGUCUUACUGCAGGUUCUCAGACCUAUGCGGAAUGUACAGCACACGAUGCUUCAUAUUUAUCAUCUAAUUCGUAUUUGGAAUGUGUUGUAUCUAGCAGCUUUGAUUCUUCUUCUGGACUUAUUGUUCAGGGUCAGAUAACCUUUGAUUUUUCAUUAAAUGCUGGUGGUUCCACUAACCCUGCAGACCAGUUUUGCGCGUCUCAAUAUGACAAGGGUUCAUUCCAUCUUCAAUGGGACGACUUCUCUCAAGUUAUUCCAAUUACCUCAGGUCCCUAUUAUGAGCCUAUCAGCAAACUUGAUGAACUUAUCAUUUACUCAAGAACAACACCACAAAAAUUGGAGCAAGUAUACUUUUUAGCAGGUGUGUGCCCAGGUGGCAUUUCCAGCGGCUCAUUAUACUUUGUGACAGACGAUAAACUAGACUCUUCACUAUUCAAGGUCGGGGCUACUGAUAAUUUAAAUGAUUUUUAUUUUCCCAAGUCUGCGGACUCAGUUGAGUUUGAAACUAGUACGUCCGAUGAUGAGAAAUCGCUUGAAUUAUAUUUUGGACAAGUUGAAGAGGGCAGAAGGGUGUUUUUUGAAGGGUUUGAAGCAUUUCCCAAAAAUAUGAAUUCCCUUACACACUACUAUGGGUAUCAAUUAACUUGUGGUGAUGGUAGUACAAUUCAACAGUCGGCAGGAAAGAAGAUUGUGAUUAUCGAUGGUGGCUCCGAUGGUAAUGGUUCUGUACUUCCUCCAACUUCCACACUGAGUAGAUCCAGCUCUACUUCUGUUACUUCGCCAUCAUCCACUCCAAUAAUUUCCAGCACUAUUGCGGGAAGAAAUUGUACAAGAUGUAUGAGUAGCGAAUCAGCUAGCUCUGUUCAAAGUUCUGCUGCCACUGAAACAACUCUUGAAAGCAGUUCACAGAUUUCCAUCAACUCCAGCCUCUCUACUACUUCGUCAAUGGUUCAAUCUGAAUUCAGCAGCAUUGCUUCUACUUCCCACCUUUCAGAUCCAAGUUUUAGCCAAAGAAAUUGCUCCUCUUUCCUGAAAACCACCGACUCAAGCAGUGUUGCAGGAAUUACGGUCACCAGUACGUCUGCAUUUACAGGCAGCUCUCAGGAAUCCGAAACUUCUUCAUUUUCCAGUGAUUCAUCCAGUGCUGUGCAAAGCUCAUGCUCCAUUACUUUAAGUUCCAGCUCGACAGAUUGUGUUUCAUGCAUCAAGAGUACAAUGACAAUCCCAUACGGAAAUUCCACCACCAAGGGUGAAUCUCCCAUUCUUAGGUCCCAGCUGUCAACAUCUCUUUCUUCGAUUUCGGCCACUACCACUAGCUCUUUCACGAGUAAAGUUUCAAGUGUCAAUCACUCCUCAAGCACUUCCGUAAGUUCCAGCAUUAACUCCACCACUGCUCCCGCUUCAUCUGAUUCCACAACCGUCUUUUCCCCGAGCGCUGCACAAAGUUUGACCUCAAGUUCUCCCCGGAGCAGUUCUAUCGAGGGGAUUUCGAUAAUUCCUUCUGAAUCACAGGAAGCUCCCAAUUUUACCAGCGAGUCUCUGGUUUUUGGAACGAACACAGUGGUGAUUACUACUAGUAUUGGAGGCUGUUCAAGUAAGCUUAGUCCUGAGGUUUCCAGUCCCGAGGAGUCGAACAGUGUAAGCGAGUCCGGCACUGCCAGCAGCAUGGUUACCACUGUUAGUCCGUUCCUUUCUGCAAACACAACCCAAAUUUUUCCAACUUCCAUUGGCCCUGCUGGUCCACCCGUAAGUUUUUCCAGCAGCCAGCCAAGUCCCAACGAGCCUGCCGCCACAUCAUCAGACCGCACAUCAGGUGCAACCAAGUCCCACACCGACAACACGCAGACUUCUACCACCACCAAUCACGAGGAUUCGCUUCUGAGUUCUAAGCUGGAGGCUGCUACUACCAUACAGAAUAGUGUCUCCGGGUCCACUCUGGAAGGCACCAGUACCACCAGCAGCACUAUGACAUCGAGCAAGACCGAACAUGAGUCCGCCAGCUCACAGCCAACCGACCCUCCAUCCAUACCCUCACUAACCCUUUCCCAUGUACCAUCACCUAUCACCGUAUCCAAGUCCCCCACUUUGGACCCCACCCCGUUUUCGCAGCAAUUCCUGCAGCCGCAGGGCUCACAGGCAUCUGGGGUCGUGACCGCCUCGUUCUUGGGGGCUGCGCCUGGUUGGAACAGGCCGUCGUACAGGGUAGUGAUGCUCGCGUUGUUGUGUCUCAUCUAGCUGCAAACUUGCAACCCUUCGGGUAAUCGAAAAGCAAUUCCUCCACCUUGACAGGGUAGGCUUCGCAGUGCGCCUUUCGGAACAGACUGGCCAAUCAAAGGGUUUUUUCGGGUGCUAUCGUGAUGGCCGUUUGUGAAACCUGCAUUUCACUCGCGAAACCAGCUUGGCAAAUCAAGUUAACCUGCACUGAUAACGGAGGUAACCUGUAACUGAUAGCCAAGCGG